AUGAUAGAGUUGUCGUCCUCAUGGGAAUUGCAAGGUCGACGUAAGCUCUCCGAUGUUCUCUUCAUCAAGGAAGUCCAAUUAGACAAUCAGUGUUGUGAUGAUGAAGAUAUUGGUGGCGACCUGGCAGUGGACGUAUCUUGCGAGUUCGCCUCGAAACCAGUGAUUCUCCAGCCUUACCUUCAUCCUGAGGUGAGCUCUGCUGGUCCCUGUUGCAUCAUGAUUCGGUUAUCGACACAGCGUAAUCUACGCAUCGUCCAAGUGGUGCUUAUAUCUUCCUCGUCGCACAUUGAUUUUGUUGACCGCUAUGGUGAAGCCCUAGCGCGUAUCGAAGGCGUUUCGGUGCCCGGCUUGGAAAGUCUUUUUCGCUGCUCAUCUGGUCGUCUCUCACCUCACACAGAAUGCGUGGUCAGAGUGAGCUUCAAAUAA